UCAGUUUCACGCUUUCCGACCCAACAAUGACAAAGACUUCUACGCGUAUAAAUCCGAAAUUGAGAGCAACUGGCUACAUGGCAAGUACCUUACGCGCCGUUUCCGAGGGCACACGAAGGCGGUGUUCUGUCUGCAGAUGGUGGAUUCGGUGCUGUACAGCGGUUCGUUCGAUCACACGAUUAAGGUUUGGAAUCUGGCCUCGGGCGAGUGUCUCAAGACUAUUCAAGCACAUGACAAUGGAGUCAGUUGUCUGCGCUAUGAAUCGGGCGUACUUGUGACCGGAUCUUCCGAUAAUACACUGAAAGUGUGGACUCGAGACCUCAACUCCUGCCUGCACACGCUGAAAGGACAUGCCGCGGAAGUGACUUGUCUGUAUCACGACGGUAAAACAAUCGUGAGCGGGAGUUGCGACAACACGCUGCGCAAGUGGAACCUCAAGACUGGGGAGAUGAUCGCCACACUAAGGGGCCAUGAGGACUAUGUCAUCAAUCUUAUGUUUGAUGAGAGUGUCAUUAUCAGCGGCUCGUUUGACAGGAGUAUCAAGAUAUGGGAUUUCGAUACUGGCGAAUGCAAACGAACACUCACGGGCCAUGGAGGCGGUAUACGCGGUAUCAAGUUUGACCGGAAGUACAUUGUCAGCGGCUCGGUGGACCGCACUGUGCGUGUGUGGGACAUGUCAUCGUACGAGUGUGUGGCGGUGCUGAGAGGACAUACGGGUGAGGUGUGGAGUGUGCAGAUGCUGUACACUGGGCUAGGGGGUAAUAGUAAACUAAAUCGUAUCAUCAGUGGUGGACGCGAUGGUGUACGCGUGUGGGAAGUGGAUGAUGACAACAAGGACUUCAAGCAGAGUCAUAUGCAUAUACCUACCGAUAAGGGACACUCUAACAGCGGCAUUAUUAGUAUUGACCUCGAUCCAUGCACCAUCGCGUGCAGCUCCUUCGACAAGUCCAUUGCCUUGUACGAAUUUGACAAAAAGUGGAGGCAGACCAGGGUUAUCCUCGAACGCAGAAAUAGUCUUGAAGAGAUACAAAUGAAUGAGUAAACGUGUAAAAUCAAAUCGAAUAUACAAUUACAAUGAUC